UAGAGCGCAGGACGACCUCAAUUUUCAAGGAGGGCCCCAUUAUUGUUUAACCAGACAGCAAACCUCCAACUACGAUGUUACGUUUUCUUGUAUAUUUUCUGUUUUUAGGAGCGACUUUUGCCAGAACUUUGCCAACAGCAAAGGAGGGCAUGGACGAUGAGCCUGUUGGACUUGUCGAUGUACAAAACCCUUGGGACCUGAAGCAAAAAGAAAUCGUAAAACCAAUUCGUUCCACCGAAGAAUUUGGAAAUGAAAUUCCGCAAAACUAUGCCUACGCAUACAGCGCUACUAAUAAUGGUGAUGGUCAGCCCAUUGGCUAUGUGAUGGGAAUCAGGUUGUUCUUCAACGACAUGAUGCCAGCGGUGCCCUUGUUUGGAAUUUCGGCUGCCUACCCUGUUCAAGGAGUUUCGGCAAAUGAUGGGAAACCUAUUGAAGUUGCUAAUAAGGAACCUGUGCAGCCCCUCAAUGUUGGCAAUGUUGUUAAAAAUAAAGUAGACCAGGCGAUUGCUGAGGACGCCAAGAAAAUCAGCAAGAAACAUGAGAGCAUGAUAAAGAAGGUUCCUCUCGCAGAUCACGUGGAUCCAGACUGCGAUGAGAAGUGCAAGGAUGAGGUGGAAAAAGCCAAGAAAUUGCAACCUGCUGCUCAAAAUGCAAUUCACACUGGAGAGGUUAAGGUGGACACAAAGGAAAAAGUCGUUGAGGUCAAACCAAAGGUACCCGAAAUUCAUCAUGAUGUCGUGCCUCCAAAGAAGGUGGAGCAUCAGGCAGUAAAAUCAGAAGUUGCCGGAGCAGACAAAAAGGAAGAGGUUAAGAAGGUCGAGCAAAUUCAUCAAACCGUAAAAGUUGAAGAAAAACCAAAGAUCGCUGGGGACAAAAAAGAAGAGUUUAAGAAGGUCGAGCCUCAUCAGGGCGUAAAAGUCGAAGAAAAACCAAAGGCAUCUGGAGAAAAAAAGGAGCCGAUUGCAGCUGCCAAAAAUGGUGAAAAGAAACUCGAAGUUCCUGAACCUGGAAAAUCCAAAUUGCUCCAUGGCAAUAAGGAAAGUUCUGGCAAAAGUGGAAAGCCUCCAUCCGGCGUGGCAAAAGCUGACGCUGCAGAGAGUUCGACCGGAGCAACCCCAGUUACUCCUCCUUCGUCCUCCGUUUGGAACUCAAUUUCCAAAUUCUUCACUUCGAUUGCAAACAUUUUCAGCUCGUCAUCUUCCAAUACCAAAUCUACUGUCAGCCCCAACACUCCCAGCACCGCGGCUCCAGAAGCUAAAAGCGCCGAAGCAGUGAAGGAUAAGAAAAUCGAAAUUCAUGCUGCAGGUGUUGAGCAAGGCAAGAAGUCUCGCAAAUAAUUGCAAGAUAUGAUAUGAUUACAAUCCAAUAUUAAUAAAAUUCACUGGCUUUUCUCCGUGUGUUAUAUGCAGUGAAAUUUCUAUUAAAUUAUAAUGGUUUUUUGAUGAGUCCAUACUGUUUUCAUUGGUUUUAAUAAAAAUUUGUGCUUAUUAGCACAAAAUAGAAAAUAUCA